AUGUGGGGCUUAUCUUCUGUCCACUCCGUGAAAUUAGCGGACGCGGGGCCAGCACCAAAAUCCGCUGUAGUAUCAAAAUUUAGUGCUGAAUUAGUGCUGGUGAACGGUACCAUUUUCAAAAUAAGUGCUUAAUUUUCCAACGAGAUAUGGAGUUUUCCGAAAUUGUCCACAUUGUGGACGCAGUGCGUUUUUUAAACUAAUGAACUAGACAACAUAAAUGUCGCCUAGUGAAAAUAUGUUGUCAUCUAGUUGAUUGUACUCGUAUUUGUAAAGACUGGGUGAUAAACAACAAUAAAUUAUCAUAAGAAGUCAUAGGACAACUUUGUACAUAACUUUUUUCUGAACAGAGAACUAAUUUUGCCAAAGAGGUACCGUUGGCCAGCACUAAUUUAGCACUAAAUUUCAAUGAAACGAUGUACUUUAGUGCUAGUAGUGCGUUUUCUGUGAAGACUUUCGGAAAAGCCAAUAUCUCGUUGGAAAAUAAAACACUAAUUUUAAAAAUUGUAUCGUUCAUAUACGUAAUAUAUAUUCAUAUACAAAUAAUAUCGUAUUAAUUCAGCAUUAAAUUUUGGUACUACUACGGAUGUUGGUGCAUGUACUGCGUCCGCUAUACGUAAAGUUAGCGGACGAAAAGUAAGCCUCUGUGUAAAUUUUUUCCGGGCAGAAUACUAAUUUUGAAAAUAUUACCGUUCGCCUGCACUAAAUAUUGGUGUUAGAAAGAAAAUUAGUGCCCAAUGUCCGUUCCCUAACUUCACGAACCUGGACGGAAAGUGCACGGCGCCGAAUUAUUCGAUAGUUAUUGGUCAUUGCCACCCAUCUCUAUCAGAAUGAUAGAUAGAAUGAAUCGAAUGAUUUAGUUUUCUAGAAUUUAUGGUUUUUGUGAUUUCAUUCUUUUCAUUUAACACAAGACUGUAUUGUAAAUCGUAUCACGAAGCAUAAUGUUCGAAAUAAUAAAUGUUAUAAAUUUACCGAAGGCGGUGAAAUAAAAUUACCUAUACCAUUUUUAAUACCUAAUAAUAUUUACGAUAUUGCCAAAUUAAUAGUACCUAUAAUACUAUUGCCUACAUAUAUUUUUGAUGAGAGUGGAACAUUUUUAUUAGGUAUCAUGGUAUUUAUAUUAUACUUAUAUUUUAUUAAAAAUUUCUAAUAACCUCAAAAACGUCGUUAAAAUACCGGUUUGUAAUUAUUAUAUUAUACAGCAGCUAUAGAUACAUAGCUAUGCGCGACGAAUAAAGUAUUGAAGUUUAAUAAUAGUCAUGUAGUUUUGUUGCGGACAAAGAAAAUUAACUUAUAUUACUUGACCUAUUAAAAAGUUAAUUAUUUUUACGACAUUAAUAUAUAUAUAUAUUAUUUAUUUAGCCGGAGGGUUAACAGAGAAUCGCAAUUAAUUUUCAACCGUUAACUUUCAGUGAUAUAAUUUAAUUUAAUUCAACUUAUAAAAUAUAAUGUUUCAUUAACUUACUGGCGGCAGUCUUGCGAUUGUAACCUGCGUUGUUUAAUGAAGUUUCAAAAAUAUUUAAGAAUGUAUAUAUAUACAGGGUUACCUGAAUUAUACGCUACAGUAAUUUCCUCAUAUAAAUAUGCGAAAUAGAGAAAAACGUAUAUUGUAUAAUGAGCAAGUUGAACUAUUAUAAAUAGUAUAAUCUAAUAUUAUUUUUGGGCUUAACAUUUUUAGACACCGUUGUUUUGGGAAAGAUUUCGAGGUUUAAUUUUUGAAGUUUAAAUAAGAACAAGCAAUGUUUUAUUUUUUGAAAAUAUCACGUACAAAAUAUAGAUAUUACUUUUAAAUGAAUUUUAAUGGUUGAAAAACACGUACUCUGUAAAUAUAAAAAAAAAAUAAAAAAAAAAAUCAGAGGGUACAAUUUUUAAUUAUAGUUAUCAUUAUUGUUACACUAUUACAUUGUUACAUUAUUGGACGUAAUAGUUGCAUGAUUCUAUUAUUUAUAUCUAAUCAUUUUACUGAACAUUUUUCCUAAACAAAGUAUUUUCUUUAUGGGGAAAACCUUUAAUUUAUCUCGGAUACCAAAUACAUUAUUAUUGAUGGCCACCAAACAAACAAAAGUUAUACGUCCAACUUAAAUCAUAAUAACAUUAUAUAGGUCGGUAAAACAAAUUAUAAAUCCUACUUCAUAUUUUAAUAAUAUAAUAUAAUAAAUAAUAUAUGAAUAUACGAUUAAGUUUCGUUUUUUAUCACACACAUAAUUUACUCGUAAAAAAAAUAUACGUACGUAUAUGACUUUUAGCGACCAUAAAAAAAAUAUAUAUAUACACAGAUUAUAAUCCACUGGGUAAUAAAACUAAAUUUCAAAAAAUAAUAUUGCAUACUGCAGUGUUGUUUUAUGCGUAUUAUAGUAAAAUAUCAACUAUCCGUAUAAAAAAUAUUACAAUAAAUGUUUGCUGCGCGCGGAAAUGUCAAAGCGACAAAAAUAAAAGAUUUACUUUAUUUUAGAUUCUGAGUAAAGCGAGAAAUGUAUUAUUGUUUUACAAUGAUGUUUAUAUUUUAUUCUAUUUUUUUUCUGUGGGUACUUUUCUACCAAUUUCGUUCCGAUUUACAAUAAUAGUACUUUUUCUAAAAGGAAAUCGAUCUGGGGUGGUAAUUUUUCAAUUUUCCCAAGUUUCCCAGCAAAAGUGAAAAACCAGGGAAAACGUAGAAAAAACACCUGGAAAAUAUGUACAAUAUUAAACAAAUAUUAAAAUAAGUUUGUAUACAUACAUUUAUUGCAAAAGCUCUUCAAAUUAUUUACCAUUUUGUCUCAAACAAACAAGUACUUGUCUCCAGUUACUCCUAUCGUUACUCUCCGUAAUUUAAUAGAUGCCUGUAGAAUUCUCUUCCUUAGUCUGCUUCAGAGCUGAUUUUCUGAUACCAAACUCGUUCUUUGAGGUAUCCCCAAACAAAAAAAAAUCUAAAGGAUUUAGGUCUGAAGACCUUGGAGGUCACAAAAUUGUCUUCAAAAUGUACUACCUGGAUAGCUUGAGGACUUGCCUUUAGAAGUUAGGAUAUCGCAUGAUGUACUAACAUGAUUGGGCCCCACCAUAUUUCUCUUGAGUAGUGAGACAUCAAAUGAACGAGACAUUCACUUAUCGGAUCGGUAGAGGAGGCACGAUUCCUUGGCCUCAAAGGUCUCCAGACCUAAAUUCUUUACAUUUUCUUGUUUAGGGAUACCUCAAAGAACGAGUUUACCGUCAGAAAAUUAAUUCUGAAGCAGAACUAAGGGAGAGAAUUCUUCAGGCAACUAUUGAAUUUGCGGAGAGUGACGUCAGAAGUAACUGGGAGUUAA